UAUUAGUCUUCACAAUGAGAACCAUACAUGGUGUAUUAUUAUUUUUACAUUUUGCUAUUAUGUUAGGUUCAGUCUGUUGUGAUGAAGUACAUAAUCAAAUACUCUUGCUACAGGAAUUUUCGGAAAGUAUGAGUUGUUGGAAAAAUGUGGAUGUAUUAUCAAGAAAAGUAUUAUUUAAUAACAUAAUCACAUCGAUAAACGAGUUACUUCGUGUACCACUAAGUACAAAACAAUUAAAAAAAGAACUCAUCACAAGGUCAAAUGCAUACGAACUUUCAAACUUAAUGAAUACCGUCUUAAAUUGUGAGUAUACCGAAUUAAAUAGUGUUUUUGUCAAACAGAUUAAUGAUUAUCUGAAAAUCUGUAAGCCCGAAGAUUCAUAUAAUAUUCCGAUUAAAGAUCGAAAAAAUAAUUUUAUAAAAACACCCGAAUUGUUAGAAAAAUACCGAUCUUGUACAGAAAAAGCGUAUCGAGCUUUACAAUCGUUCACAAAUAACAUUUCCGAAAUGCUAUUAACGUUAACUGGAAUACUGAAAAAUAUGGACAUUAACUACGUAUCAGAUAAGCAAAACUAUAUACAAAUUUUAAUGAAUUGGUACUUGCAUUUGUACAGUUUCGUUAAUAUUGAAUUUCCAAAAGGAUUCGAAAGCCAGAGUGGAAUUAAAAUUGCAGGAGAAUCAAUAAAAUAUAACUCAAAUAAAAUGUUUGUGUUCUUAGAAAAUUAUGUAGAUACAAUGAAGAUCAUAGGAAUUCAAACAGAAAUUGCUUUAAAAGAAUAUUAUUUAAAAAAUUGUCCACAUUCCAUUAAUACAUAUAAUACGGACAAAUCAAAUACAAUUCCUACUUUUUUGGAAACUGUUCAGACCAAUAUCGCUCCGUUCGUUUAUCAUCCAUUCGUGAAAACUGGUAAUGUGUUUAAUAUGUACAGUGACAAACACAUAACACUACUACAAACGAUUAAAUAUAAUAACAUUUUUGUUGCUUCAUGGGAAAACGACGUUGAAUCAUUGGCCGUAGAAGAUAUUUUGAACAACUAUGUUAAACCUACUAAGGACAUACGGGUUCUUUUAAAAUACGAACUACUUAUUCUUGAUUUAAUGGAAAAUAUCGUUUAUGCUAGAGUGUUGUGUGAUUUGGAGAACAUAAUAAAAUAUCAAACCGACGAAACUAUAAAUAGUCGAUAUGAACAUCUACAAAACACAUUUAAAAAUUAUUUAUCGAAAUUGCAAUCUUCUUACUAUCCAUCGAUAUUCGUGAAAAACAUGAUACAAUUUGGUUUUUUAUUGAAAGAGGUUAUUUUUCAUUUGACGCAAACAAAUUUUUCAAAGAACGAGUAUGGAAUUAAGAUGUUGGAACAGAUAAAAUUUUUCACUUGGAUACGUUUCCCACAAAACGUAGUCUGGUAUAAUAAUAUCUCAAAUACUGAGAAAAAACCUCUUUAUGUUGAAAUAAAAUCAUUGGCUGAUUUCCUAAAUCUCUUCGUCAUAGAUCGGAUAAAUGAUACGUAUCUUAACCGGGGCAUUAUGAACCUACUUUGUGGUAAAUCAUGUAUAAUUAUACCUGAACGUUUUGAGUACGCUGUUGACUAUAAGAUCAUGUUCUUUAAGUGGGAAACAGAAUUGAACAGUAAAUGUGAAACUUGUACACUUUUAAAUUCUUUAAAACCGUAUACAAAUUCUGUUAUCGAAUCGAGUAAUAACCUACAAAUUACUCUAAAAAAUGUACAAAAAUCACUAAUAGAUGGUCAUAAAAUCGAGAAAAGUUUAGAUAGAAAUUUAGAGGAAAAGGUUCAAAAUAAUAUUAGCGAUUUUAAAAAAUCAGUUAUAAAUCUCAAAGUUACGCUUAUUGAAUUCUUUCUAGAGGGUUAUGAAUAUUUCAUUUCGGAUAGAGAUAUUGAAAAUACUUUUCGAAAAAUGUUGUUUACGUACAUUUUCAACGUCGAAACCGUCGUUUUAUUCGAGGAUGGAUUUGAAUUACCUUCUGAUGUAAUGAGUUUAGAUUCCAGUAUUCAUAAUCUUAAGUCUUUUCAUUCUAUAUUAUUAUCGUAUUUAGAAUUAUAUUAUCUCUUGCUGUGUGAAAAUCGUUUUGCAGAAAAAGGUGUAGAGUUACCCUUACCUACAGCUUCGAGAAAAGCUAGUAUAGAUUUUAGAGAAAAUAACGUUAUGAUCGAUAUUCUUAAUAGAACGUUCGUAUCUGAAAACAAGUCAACGUUAUUAAUAGCCAAAAACCUCGAAAGUGAUAUCAGUCGCUGUUUCAAUGUGAUAAAAUUAUGUCAAAAUUUUAUUUCCAGUACUGACAGCAAAUUCGAUGGUCAUCACAUACGACUUUCUUGGUACGGAAAACCAAAAACUGUCGGUGAAGUCAAUACCGAAUUGUUUGAAAAUAUAUUCGACCUUCAGGAUAUUGUCGAAUACCAAUUAUUGAUUGUUAGGUGGAUCAUGUGUUCGCUGAUUUCCAGACUUUUAAAAAUUCUAAAUCAUAUCAAACCCCUAUUAGCCCUCUUAAAUGAUUAUGAUGAACGUAAAACAUUGAUAACCAAGUUUCUGGAAAAUCUGCAUUAUGUGGACGAUUUGCUCAGAGUUAAUAGUAUUAAUUCUAGAUCAUUUUCAUACGGUGUUGAUAUUAUUAAGGAAAUUAUCCAAAAUAAUCAUAUGGAAUAUAAAAUCGAGAACAUAAUAUCAUUUUUCGUUGAAGAUCUCACGUUGUACGGAAUUUUACAAAAAACUCCGUCUUUGUUAUCUGAAGACUUAUCUGCAGAUUUAAUUUUAAAAUUGGUUAUGUACACGUCGUCGGAUAUAGAUCAUUUAAGGUCGUCUGACUUUCCAAAGAUAAUUAGUGUCUUAGGAUUAAACGAAAUAUUAAGUGGAAGCCAGAAAUCCUUUAUGGUGUCCAACCGUGUGUACGCCUUGAUCAAGAUGCCGAAAACAGUGGAUGGUGAAACAAAUUCAAAUUAAAUAACUACAAUGAUUAUAAAUAAAUCUUAAUAUUAAAAAAUGUAUUUUAAUUGAUUCUUUGUAAACGAACACCAGAGUAAGCAGUUUAUAUUUUAAUGCGUGAUUAAAGUUAUAGCAACUAUCGCAUCAGACGGGAACGUUUUGUAUACAUUUUGUAUAUAUAGGUAUAGGUGAUGAAUAACCUCAUUGCGAUAUUUCGAAAAGUAUUAAUUUUUUCGCUUUUUUGAUUUUAAUAUUGUUUUUUAAGCAC